AUGAAACUCGCAGUUGCCGUACUGUCAUCGAUGUUGGCUGUCUUCUCGGUCACAGUUGCCAAUCCAGUUGAUCCCAGUUCGACCAUGAGUGCUGAAGUCAGCACUGCGACAGUUUCUCCCAGUGCAACUGAAACUGCAAGUGCUAAAGCUAGCACCUUGAACACUUUUAGUAGGUUUGAUUAUCCGAAAAAAUUAAAAUCAUAUAAUGAGUUUGGCAAAGCCUCGGGUCAAGGAUCAGUAGACCUCGACCUUGAAGCUAAUAUUAGAACCCAGCGUGAGUUUCUUGAUGAACUCCAAGAGAUUCUCCAAAAAAUUCUUGAUGGGUAUCGGAUUAGGCUUAAAAAAGAUUCUGAGCAAGAAUUGGAGCUUAAACAUUACUUUGAGCAUCACCAUAAGUUUGAGGUGACAGAUUCUGACGAUAAUAUAAACCUGGAAUCGUAUCACUCGUACAAGAGUUGUUUUGACUUUUUCUACAGUUACUUUUCAAGUGUAUUUUCACGGUUUGAGCAAGAUGCUCAGCAGCAAGCUUUACAACCAUAG